AAUUAUUUACAGCUCUUAGAUCUUAUUAACGAUUUACCUUCAUACAGGGUUCUGAACGGGGAUUAUAUUUAUAUUACAUCUGUUUGUGUGCAUUUUAUGCCUUUUGCAUUGGGAAUUAAGCGAGUUAUUAUAUGCAUUGUAUAUUUGUAAUCAGAGGAGUAUAGUGCGUCCUUCUCAGAUUCAUGGUUGGAAGGGGGGAGAGAGAGAGACCGCAUGGUCUCUCGGGGGGUUCGGAUAGUAAAGCGAUGAGGCAGGCAUGGCACUUCUUUAUCGGUCGAGUUAGUUGCUUUUCUCAGUAGUUCAUAUAUCUGUGGCAAUGUAGAGGGCUGGUUGUAUUUUUUACGGAUGGAUAUCUCUAUCGCUGAUAAACUGCGCUAAGUACAGAUAUUCUACUUAGAGUGUAAUGACGCUGAUAAUUGCUUUACUUGGUAGUAAAAUCGGGAAUAAAACAGGGUUAGAUCGUAUUUUUAACGCAGUGGUGGCGCCAUCUUUGAAGGCGUGUCGGAAUUAGUUUAGAUUUGCUUGGAAGACCUGACCGGCAAAACGGCGUGAAAUAGCGUGAAAUGUAACGAAGGGAAGAAGUAAUACGUUUUGUAAACGAAAAACCGUGGAAUCGUUGUUGGUGCUUGCCGGAUCAAUUAGAAAACUGAGAAGAGAACAGACUGCGGUCUUUAGUCGCCGUAGAGGUUAUCGACGAACAGUUGUGGUAGACAAAAUGACUGACGAGGUGAAUCCCAAAGCCUAUCCAUUGGCUGACGCAGCACUGACGGCAAAGAUCCUAAAUCUGGUACAGCAAGCGAUGAACUACAAGCAACUGCGCAGAGGAGCCAAUGAAGCAACCAAAGCUUUGUCACGAGGUGUUUCGGAAUUCAUUGUACUUGCAUGCGAUGCGAUACCAAUGGAGAUUGUACUUCACAUUCCAUUGUUAUGCGAAGAUAAAAAUGUACCAUAUGUAUUCGUGCGAAGUAAACAGGCCCUAGGACGUGCCUGCGGUGUUGGCAGGGCAGUAAUUGCUUGUGCGAUAACCGUCAAUGAGGGGUCUCAACUUAAACCACAAAUUCAAGCUAUUCAACAAGAGAUCGAGCGUCUCUUAGUGUAAAUCUUAAAUUUGACAAUGUAUUACACAAAACUUCUCACGAGCACUGAAAUUAUACAUCGUUCGACUGUUUUCAUCUUUUUGUUUAUAAUGUACAGAACAUUCGAGGUGUGUAAAAUAUUAGAUCAUAAGUGUAUAACUGAAUUCCCUUUUGUAGGUUAUAGUUUUAUAUUGUACAAUGAAUUGCUGCGCUUCCUAGCACACUUCCCCUUGAGAAAGACUUUGUACGGCAAUGAAUUAACUGUAACGAUAAAGUACUCUGUGCCACUCUUGUAUUUCUUGAUGCAGUUAAACAGGCAAAUAAAAAGGAUCACUCUUUUCACUUA